UAUGGGGGGCGAGAGAGGAGGUGACUCUCCAGCAGCAUUUAGACACAGCGAAAGGAUCAUGGCGGAUGGCCCCAGGUGUAAGCGCAGAAAACAGGCGAAUCCGAGGAGGAAUAACGUGACCAAUUACAGCAAUGUGGUGGAGGCGAACUCGGACUCGGACGACGAGGACAAGCUGCACAUCGUGGAGGAGGAGAGUCUGCCGGACACGGGCGACUGCGAUAGCAACCUGCCCGACGACGAGCUGCCGCCCCACCCCGCCACGCUGGGCCACAACGGCCCCGGAGACCUGGAGGACGGGUGGGAGGAAGAAGCUGCAGAGGAUAUCCUGGGGCCAGAUGCUCAGGUACAGAAAGUGGGAUUUAAAGUGAAUGAUGAGUGUGGGUCAGAUGGGGAUGAAGAACGCAGCACAGAUGCCAUGGUGGAGGAGAUGCUGCAGCAGGGCGACACCGCUGUUAUCUACCCCGAGGCACCAGAGGAUGAGCCGCGGCAGGGCACACCUGAAGCCAGCAUCCACGACGAGAACGGCACCCCGGACGCCUUCUCCCAGCUGCUCACGUGCCCCUACUGCGCCCGCGGCUACAAGCGCUACACCUCCCUGAAGGAGCACAUCAAGUACCGCCAUGAGAAGAGCGAGGACAACUUCAGCUGCUCCCUCUGCACCUACACCUUCGCCUACCGCUCGCAGCUGGACCGCCACAUGACUGUGCACAAGUCCGGCCGGGACCAGACCCAUGUGACACAGACUGGGGGCAACCGCAAAUUCAAGUGCACUGAAUGCGGAAAGGCAUUUAAAUACAAGCACCACCUGAAGGAGCACUUGCGCAUCCACAGCGGAGAGAAGCCGUACGAGUGCUCCAACUGCAAGAAGCGCUUCUCCCACUCCGGCUCAUACAGCUCCCACAUCAGCAGCAAGAAGUGCAUCGGCAUGACCCCUGUGAACGGGCGGCCGCGUCCGGGGGGCAAAACACCCCAAUGCUCCUCUCCCUCCCUGCCCUCACCGCCCCCCACCCCAGCCAGGGCCCAGCCUCGCGACAAGACGGAACACGGCAAACCCCUCCAGGAGCAGCUGCCCAUCCACCAGAUCAAAUCGGAACCUGUGGAGUAUGAGUACAAGCCCAUUGUGCUGGGGACGGGGGUGAACGGGGUAUUCAACGGGGGCUCCACCCUGCAGGCGGUGACCUCCUCUCAGGGCGUGGUGCAGGCCGUGGUGCUUCCAACAGUGGGCCUGGUCUCCCCCAUCAGCAUCAACCUGAGCGACAUCCAGAAUGUCCUCAAGGUGGCGGUGGAUGGAAAUGUACUCCGUCAGGUCCUGGAAAACGCCCACCUCAACGCCACCGCCUCCAAAGAACCGGGGGCAGUCGGGGGUGUCGCGGCAGGGGGCGGCGUGGGACAGGCCCAGCCGGGCGCCCACUCCGUCAUCUCGGCCAUCAGUCUUCCUGUCGUCGACCAGGACGGCACCACCAAGAUCAUCAUCAACUACAGCCUGGACGCAGGCCAGGCCCAUUUGGGGGCCCAGGGCCUGAGGGUUUGCAAGACGGAAAAGCUCCCCGAGGACCUCACCGUCAAACCGGACAAAAGCAAGAAGGUGGAGCAGGAGGCAGAGAAAGAGGUGGAGAAAGACACAGAGAAAGCGGCGGAGAAGGGCACCGGAACAUGUCUCCUUUGCAACGACUGCCCCAAAGGUUGUGAUGAACUUCACCAGCUGAAACACUGUAAGAAGGAGACCCUCAGGGUCAAUGGUGCUGAUGUCGAAAGGGCGGAGUUGGUGAUUUCGUCCCUCCUUUCGGACGCCAACCUGACCUUCAGUCAACCCCCACUCAAAAACCUCCUGUCACUCCUCAAGGCCUACUACGCGCUGAAUGCUGAGCCCAGCCAGGAUGAACUCGCCAAGAUCUCCGACUCGGUCAACCUGCCUCUGGACGUGGUCAAGAAGUGGUUUGAGAAGAUGCAGAUGGGACAGGUUGGAGUGGAGGAACUCGACCCUCAGCCAGAACAAGAGGAAAGCCUGGUGGCCGAGUGUGCCGGUUCCCCAGGACAGGACGAGAGGGCCACAGCUGAGAGCAUAGAGACAAUAACUAGCUUGCGGCCAGCGUCCACCGAGCCCACUGUCAAUGGGUCCGAGAGCGCCCCGUCCUCCCCCUCACCACUAAACCUGUCAGCGGGUGGCCUUGUCCCAAAGUCCGAGAAGGACACAGAGGAGCCACUGGACCUAUCACUACCGAAGCUGCCCCGAGAGGACGCGGACAGGGCCGGCGGGGGCAGCGUUUACCAGAACACUGUUUACGUUCAGGAGGAGCCCCUGAACUUGACUUGCAUAAAGAAAGAGCCACUGCCUAACGGAGCGGCCAACGGCAGCCCUAACGCCCUUUACGCCGUCCAAUCAAGUGCCAACCCCAUCAACAUCGUCACCACUCAGCUGCCCACUAUCGUGGCCAUCGCCGGGCAGAACGGCAUCCCCUGUUUACGGGCACUGACCGGCAACAAGCAGACCAUACUGAUCCCACAGCUGGCGUACAGCUACGCCGCUCAAGGAAGCAGCCCAACUGGGUCAGAGAUGCUGCAGAAGCCUGCACAGACCAACGGCAUUAACCAGGAGGAGAGACAGGACACUAGCCCCGAGGGCGUCUCCGCCGUGGAGGACCAGAACGACUCGGACUCGGCCCAGCCCCGGAAGAAAGCCCGGAAGCUGGAGAAAGGGCUGUACGCGUGUGACCUGUGCGACAAGAUCUUCCAGAAGAGCAGCUCCCUGCUGAGGCACAAGUACGAGCACACAGGAAAGAGGCCUCACGAGUGCGGGAUCUGCAGCAAGGCCUUCAAACACAAGCACCACCUGAUCGAACACAUGCGGCUGCACUCGGGCGAGAAGCCCUACCAGUGCGACAAGUGCGGCCGCCGCUUCUCCCACUCCGGCUCCUACUCCCAGCACAUGAACCACCGCUACUCCUACUGCAAGAAGGAGGCCCAGGAGCGGCAGGAAGGGGGCGAGCCGGACGUCCAGGACGGGCUGCUCCCGCCUGUGGAGGAGCAGUCAGACAGCAGGGCCGCCUCCCCUCCCUCCCACCUGGACUCGGACGACCGGGAGAGCAGCACCCGGGAGGAGGAGUACAGCGAGGAGGAGGAGGAGGCUGAAGUGGGCAGUGUGAAUGAGGAGGACAUACGGGUGGUGAGGAUAGGCGAGGAGGGCGACAGGGAGGACAGUGGGGAUGAAGGGGAAGGGGAGGAGCCGAUGCAAGGCGAGGAGGAGGAGGAGGAGGGUGAGGAGCCUUUGGCAGAAGAUGAAGAAAUACAAGAAGAGGAAGAGGAGGCAGAGCCUGAAGAGGAAGGCGAGACAAUGCAGGAAGAGGAGGAGGAAGAGGCAGCACUUGGGCAAGGAGAGGUGGUACAGGAAGAAACAAUGGAGGUGCAGGAAGCACCGAGGGAAGAGGAGGCGCAGGAGACGGAGGAGGUGCAGAGGGAAGAGGAGCUGAUGGAAACGGAGGAGGGCACACUGUCCAUGGGCGCGGAGGAGAAGGAGGAGGAGAAGGAAGAGGAGAGCGACACCAUAACGGAGCAUGACCACGAUGAAGACGGGGGCCAGGAGAAUGGCAUUGUCUAGAAUUAUGAAACAAAUGGAAGGAAUCAAAUGCGAGGAGUUGAUACCACAGUUUUUCCCAAUAUACAAUACAGACGUUAUUGUAAGGGAAGAAUGGAAGAUUAUUAUAUGGAUGCUGUGUUUCAGUACACUACUGUGUAUAAAUCCUGGUGUGCCUGAUCUUAAAAAAAAGAAAAAACUUUUUCAUGUGAGAAACAUUUUCAGUGUUACAAUUGUUUGUAAAAAAGUACAUAAAGUUUAACAAAAAUGCAUAUACUGACUCUGAAAGCUAGAGUUGACAUGUUUUAGACAAUGUUUUAUUACUGAAGCAUCCUGGGUCAUUUCUUUUAUCAGUGUUACUAAUUUUGUCGCUCAUGUUUUGACCUUUUAAGCUGUACAGUUGGGAGAGAUUUCUAUACCUUUUUAUUGCCAAUGAACUAAAUCAGUAUUUUAUUAGGUUGGAUGAAGAAAAAAAACCUGCACUACAGUAUUCCUGGUUUACCUAUGGAUACAACAUGCAUCAGUGUUGUCUACCCUUCAGUAUUCGCGCACUAGAGUAGUACCUCCAUAACAUUAGCUGAUGUUAGCCAAGCAUUUGGUUUUUUUUUAAGUGAAUUGUGAGCCUUAAGAAGAAAAAUAUAUUGUGGGGAAUAAAAAGAAAGGAUGUGGUGUCAGACAGAGGAAUGGGGUUGUGUCGGAACCACAGAUUCCAGGAUUCUUGCUCUGUUUUAUUUUUUGUUUUUGUUUUUCUGUUUUUUUGUCUGUGGUUGAAUCUUCUGUCAGUGUUCUAGUAUCAGGCGAAGCGGGAGGACGUAUAGUAACAGAGCAGUUUACCCCCCCCCCCCCCCCCAGCCUUAUGCAAGACCUGUGAGCUGUAAGUGCCAUUGAUCAGUGUUACCUCAACGGCUGUAGCCAGUCGUUGUGCAUCAACGCAGGGCCCAUAUUAACUAACAUUUGUCCGCCAUCUUUGUAGCCCUUUUCACCCGUCUCGUCGUCCCUUUGGAAAAAUACGACUUCUGAGGUGAAGGUACUGCAUACACACGUUGUUAACUUUUGCUUGUUUUUUAUCAUUACGACUUUUGCAUUCAGAUAAAAAAUGGAGGUGUAUUUGAUAGUGAUGGGAAGACAAGGACUUGUGACCCCCGGACUUUCUGUUGUGGACGGAAUCAUUUUCUGUUGUUGAUGACACACUGAUUUGAAGCAGUCGAUUUUGCCAUUGGGAACUUCUUUUAAAACGAAUGGUAUCCCAUUUUCCCUUCUUUCUGAAGUAGGAAUUCCCAAUUGUGUUUGUAGGCCCAUCCUGUCUUUUCGCCCUGCAGCCCACCAGCUGAGCCCCACAGUCAGUUUAUUGUAGCAGUGCAUGUAGACUUGGAGCAAGCAGGCUGCAGGUACCCAGUCAGCCAGAGGGGUCACUGUUGGGCGACGAGACAGGGACUGCCCAAUACGCACCACCCUGGGGACUGGCCAGCACAGGCAUGGUCAGGACUUGAUGCCAGACGUGGGGUGCACAUCACUACACUGAAACCCAGUGGAGCUAGCAGAAUGUGCCACCCAACAUAACCAAGAGCAAUGAUUUGAUUGCUUCACAAAAGUCAGUGAUUGACAGCAGGAUAUAUUCCCAUCCAGUAUGGGGUUCUCCAUGCCUUCCUCUCCCAUACCUUGUGUUGGGUGUUCAGGAUGAAUAGACCUUUAGGCUAAGACUUAUACACAAAUAUGUUUAUUCUCCUGCCUUGGAAUGCCAAUUGUUUGUGAUUUUGUGCACUUGUUUAAAAUGUAUGGCAAGCUUGGCUGCUCUUCAGGUAACAAAUAUUACUAAAUAUGGUCCCACAAUGACAUGUUUUAGAUGGUUUUACCUGUCAGUAUUAAUUUUAUGUUCAUUCUUUUGUUUUUGUUUUAGUUUUUUGUUAAUGUUCAUGCAAAAACUGUGUACUGUAUGUUUUCAACAAUGGCAGUAUUAGUACCCUCACUGAUAUACAUACCUGUUUAGUUUUAGAAAACUUUUAUAUUUAUGUGUCUUAUUUUUAUAUUUCUUUAUGGUUAUUUAUUACACAGUGUAGUGUACAAUACUGUAGUUUGUAUUAAUACAAUAAUAUAUUUUAGUAUGAAAAAUAAUUUGGACGGUAAAAGAAUUCAAAGCUGGACAUAAACAUCUGGCAUUUUGAGAUAUGUUUUGAAAAGAGUAUUAUGUUAACAUUUCAGCUCGUCUUUGGUAAAUACGCCAGAGAAACUCAAUUAGAACCUGUUACCUUUGCAUUCAUUAUCAAGUUAGUUUUAUUUUCCCCAUUUUAUUAUGAAGCUACUGAACUUUGAAAACUAACUGUGUGACUAAUAGCAUGAAUCUUUGCUGUUGUAUUGAAGGAGUAUCCUAACCAUGAAGCUGUCCUGUCCUUUUAAAAAGCCAAAAUUGUAUUGACAUACCUUUUUAUGUUUUUUGUGCCAAUUUGUUCCUUUUUAUGUCUGAGUCAAGGCCACAACUCCUUUUAAGUGUCCCUGUUUAAUCCAUGGUCAUUUUUUAUAGGUUUUUUGUUUUGUUUAGUUUUUUAUGACUCCCCAUCUCACAAUAAAAUACAUCAACAAA